GGGCGCUUCCUGGGGCCGCGCGUCCAGUGAGCUGCGCGGUCGGUCCGUCCGUCCGCCCGCAGGCACUGCCGGAGGCAACGACCCCAGGAUGCUCCCUUUUGCCUCCUGCCUCCCCGGGUCUUUACUGCUCUGGGCGCUUUUGCUGCUGCUCUUGGGAGCAGCGUCUCCACAGGACUCCGAAGAGCCGGACAGCUACACGGAGUGUACAGAUGGGUAUGAGUGGGAUGCAGACAGCCAGCACUGCCGGGAUGUCAAUGAGUGCCUGACCAUCCCCGAGGCCUGCAAAGGUGAAAUGAAAUGCAUCAACCACUAUGGGGGCUAUUUGUGUCUGCCUCGAUCUGCCGCUGUCAUCAAUGAUCUACAUGGUGAAGGGCCUCCGCCGCCAGUGCCUCCUGCUCAGCACCCCAACCCUUGCCCACCAGGCUAUGAGCCUGAUGAACAGGAGAGCUGUGUGGAUGUGGACGAGUGUGCCCAGGCUUUGCAUGACUGUCGCCCUAGCCAGGACUGUCAUAACCUGCCUGGCUCCUACCAGUGCACCUGUCCUGACGGUUACCGAAAAAUUGGGCCGGAAUGUGUGGACAUAGACGAGUGUCGCUACCGCUAUUGCCAGCACCGGUGUGUGAACCUGCCAGGCUCCUUUCGCUGCCAGUGUGAGCCAGGAUUCCAGUUGGGACCUAACAACCGCUCUUGUGUGGAUGUGAAUGAGUGUGACAUGGGAGCCCCAUGUGAGCAACGCUGCUUCAACUCCUACGGGACCUUCCUGUGUCGUUGUAACCAAGGCUAUGAGCUGCACCGGGACGGCUUCUCCUGCAGUGAUAUCGAUGAGUGCAGCUACUCCAGUUACCUCUGCCAGUAUCGCUGUGUCAACGAGCCAGGCCGCUUCUCCUGUCACUGCCCACAAGGCUACCAGCUGCUGGCCACGAGGCUCUGCCAAGACAUUGACGAGUGUGAAUCAGGUGCACACCAGUGUUCUGAGUCCCAAACCUGUGUGAACUUCCAUGGGGGCUACCGCUGUGUGGACACUAACCGUUGCGUGGAGCCCUAUGUCCAAGUGUCUGACAACCGCUGCCUCUGCCCUGUCUCCAACCCCCUGUGUCGAGAACAACCGUCAUCCAUUGUACACCGCUACAUGAGCAUCACCUCGGAGCGAAGUGUGCCUGCGGACGUGUUUCAGAUCCAGGCAACCUCUGUCUACCCUGGUGCCUACAAUGCCUUUCAGAUCCGCGCUGGAAACACACGGGACUUCUACAUCAGGCAAAUCAACAAUGUCAGUGCCAUGCUGGUUCUUGCCAGGCCAGUGACAGGACCCCGGGAGUAUGUGCUGGACCUGGAGAUGGUCACCAUGAACUCUCUUAUGAGCUACCGGGCCAGCUCCGUACUGAGACUCACCGUCUUUGUGGGAGCCUACGCCUUCUGAAGGAGACCCUCAGGGAAGGGUUGGGUGGGGCCCCUUUCUUUCUCCCUCCCAUAGCUUAAGGAGCCUGGGGUUUAGGGAUGACUGUUCUGCUUAAAGAGACAAUGACGUGAAGGACAAUAAAGGGAGAAAGGAG